AUACCAUACAUGCAAGAGUUAAUCUUCUGCAACUCAGAAACUUCCACAGCACAGUGUGUAAACAAGGAAGUUUUCUGAACAAGUCUAGUACAGAAGAUUCCCUUCGGUUAAACCGGUCAGCAGCACAAGAACAUGGGAGCUCUCGGGUUCUGGUUGUUCCUUAUGGCUCCUCUGGUCACUUCAGCUCUGCCAGUGAACUCAUGGAGUGACAGCCAACAAGGGGUUACAGGACAGUUUUGGCAUAUUUCAGACCUUCACCUGGAUUUCUCAUAUCACCUCACCGAUGAUCACACCAAAGUGUGUUUGUCCUCUAAGGGUGCCAACGCCUCAAACCCUGGAAUCUAUGGUGACUUUCUAUGUGAUUCACCAUAUGGACUUAUUUUAUCAGCAAUUCAGUACAUAAAAGAUUCUGAGCAAAAAGUCGACUUUAUGAUAUGGACUGGGGAUAGUCCCCCUCAUGUUCCUGUAAAUGAACUAUCUACAAAAAUAGUAAUAGAAGUCAUUAAAAACAUGACCACCACCAUUCGCAAGCUCUUACCCAACAUGCUUGUAUUUCCUGCACUUGGCAACCAUGACUACUGGCCACAGGAUCAGCUGCCCGUAUCAGGCAGUGAAGUUUACACAGCAGUUGCAGAGUUUUGGAAACCCUGGCUGUGUGAGGAAGCUCUGAAAACUUUCCGGAAAGGAGGAUACUAUUCUCAGAUCUACAAGUCAAACACAUCUGGUACCCCUUUAAGAAUUAUCAGUUUAAACACAAAUCUUUAUUACAGUCCCAAUAAAGAGAUACUCAACAUUACUGACCCAGCUGAUCAGUUAGAAUGGCUGGAGGAGACACUGCAAUUUUCUCGUCAAAACAAUGAAAAGGUAUAUAUCAUUGCACAUGUUCCUAUUGGAUACCUACCAUUUACAAAAAUGAUACCUGCAAUGCGAAGCCAUUUCAAUGAGUGGCUUGUGGAAAUCUUUCGCAAUUAUAGCGACGUUAUUGAUGGCCAAUUUUAUGGACAUACUCACCGUGACAGUAUUAUGAUUGUUCUGGAUAAAAAAGAAAAACCAGUUGGAUCUGUCUUUGUUACACCAGCUGUUACACCCAUUAAGUCUGCAUCAGAGAAAGAUUCCAACAACCCAGGAUUCCGUCUAUACCAGUAUGAUACCGGCUGUUACACAUUAUUGGAUUUAUGGCAUUACUACUUAAAUCUCACUGAUGCAAACUUAAAACAAGAAGCUACAUGGAAGCUGGAAUAUGUUAUGACCAAACAGUAUGGCAUAAAGGAUCUCAGGCCUGAAAGUUUGUAUGAACUUGCCAAACAAUUUCAAAAGCCAAAAAGUAUUGAAUUCCAAAACUACUACAGGAAUUACUUAGUAAACUUUGAUGCACCUGAGGGAUGUGAUGAAGCAUGCAAACAGAGACAAUUAUGUGCAAUAAUGCAUGUUGAUACAAGCUCUUAUUUCCACUGCAUCAUGAGUAAAACAGAGGACAUACCCAAUUAUUUAAUGAUGCCAUAGAAAAAUUAUAAAAAAAAAUGGUAAAUAAAACUGAAAAAAAAAAUUGGAAUCAGAAUGUAGCCAAAUAUUUGCAUUAACUAUGAUUUUUAUUAUAUUAUACUCCUGUUGUCAGCAAAAGAGCCUUAUCACUGAUAUUCAAGAUCUUCUAUCACUCCGCAUAAACUACCAUAUGUCAUCAUGAGCUUCAUGAAUUUUAGUCAUUCUGCCCAGAUGCUGGAAAGCCAGCUGAUCAGACUAGCCUAGACUCAAAAUGAAAUAAAACCUUUAGACCCCUUUCACACCAGAGCACUGCUAAAACAGCGCUAAAGCACCAGCGCCAGUCAUUUAUGCCGUGCUUUAGCAGCCUUAAAAAAACCCCACAAAAAAUGUUUUUUCACCGCUUCCAAAUCGCUUUUCAGUCGCUUUGGAAACACUGCCUAUUCAUUGCAAUGGGCGGGGGCAUUUUGGGAGCGCCAUUUACAGCGCUCACAACUCGCCCCAAAGAUGCUGCUUGCAGGACUUUUUGUAAUGUCACGCAAGAGCACCACCCAAGUGUGAAAAGAGCCAUUACAAUGAAUGGGAGGCACUUUUCAGAGGCUAUUUCUAGAGUUGCCUCAGUGUGAAAGUGGUCUUAAAGCUGGUUCAUACCAGCCACUGCAUUGCAGCGCAGCAGCUGCUGUUCAUUGUGAUUAGACUGAGAUCUGUGAUGAUGUGUUAAGCUCAGCGGAUUGUCUUUUUUUGAAAAUGAACUUUAUUGAGAUGUCACACAGACAUCUCAUAAGACUCAAUUGCUGUCCACACAGUGAGAGGCAGUUGAUUGCCUCACACUGCUCUAUAUUAAAAAAAA